AUGCUUGAAACCCAAAUUUCACAAGUAGCUCAAACCACCUCUGCACAAGUUGUACCUGGAGGACAAUUCCCUGGACAAACCCAACCUAAUCCCAAAGGAACAGCAAAUUCUAUCACCCUAAGAAGUGAAACCGCUUAUGAAGGACCGAAAAAUCCUAACCUAAGCUCAUUGGAAAAACCUAAGGAAGAUGCUGAACCAAAAGACCAGGUAGAGGAACCAGAGAAAUCCGAAAAGCAGUCAGAACCAGAGGUAGAGAAUCGCACACCACAACCUUACAAACCACCUAUUCCAUUUCCACAACAGUUGAAAAACACCAAAAUAGAAAACCAAUUCCAAAAGUUCAUUAAGGUAAUAGAGAAACUCCACGUAGAAAUCCCUUUUACCGAAGCAAUAACCCAGAUACCAUCAUAUGCUAAGUUCUUGAAGGAUAUUUUGUCCAACAAACGAAGACUCGACGAUUCCAAACCUUUAGAAUGUCAUUCCAUAUCCGAGAAUAAACUUGCCAAGAAAGAUAAAGAUCCUGGAAGUUUUUCUAUCCCUUGCGUCCUAGGAAAUCAUAUGAUAGACAAAGCAUUUCUGGACUUAGGAGCAAGCGUAAGUCUGAUGCCCUUGGCUGUUUGUAAGAGGUUAAAACAAGGAGAGCUUCAACCUACUAAGAUGUCGUUACAACUAUCCGAUAGAUCCGUUAAAUACCCCAUGGGUAUCUUAGAGGACAUACCUGUCAAGAUUGGUUAG